UCCCCUCUUUAUUCCUCCACCUCUAAUUUCCCCAAACCAAAACCCUAAUCCCCUCUCCCCAAAUUUUUUCAAUUCUACUCUUGUGAAUUGGGUUGUAAUUUUGUUUUCUAUUUCUCACGGUUUAAAUUAAGGUUCAUGUCCAUAAUUUAUUGCUUUUUGGGUGAUUUUACGAGCUUAUUGGUAGUUUAAUGUGUCAAUUUCUCCGGUUGUUUUGAGGGACUAUUGGUAAUUAAUUUGUGCAUCUGUUCAUCGUUAUAAAAAAAAAAUUAAAAAUUAAUUGACGUGAUGUUCAAACUUCAAAGUCAAUGGCUCCUAUUUUUAUAGGUUCUAUUACCCUAUUUUUGGGUAGUCAUAAUCAACUUUUGGAUUGAAAGGAAUGAAGAAAGAAAGAUGAUUUCUCGGUUAUAAAAAAAGGAGUAAACAAAACAGAAUUACAGUAUUUUUUAACACUGCAGUAGACAAAAGCCUGAAAUUUGAGUGGAGAAGGGUAGAGGGGCAGGCACAUUAUUCACCUGGUUUCCGUAUCAUGUGCUGCCUUCGGGGAUUUCUCCGUUAAAAAAAAAAAAGAAAUAAAGAAAAAAAGAACAAAUUUUUUAUUUACCGAGAUAAUUAUUCUACAAUAUGUACAAAGUUAUUGUCGUAUGUUACAUAGUGUUCAAUGUAAUUUUUCUUUUGUUUCUUGUGGUUUUAAUUUCUGUUGGUGUUGUUGUGAUUAUUGUUACUUUGUAGUUACUUGAUGUGGGAGCUUGAAAAGUUUGUAUAGAGUUAAUGGUCCAUCAUGACUGAUUUUGUGCCGUAUUUUUUUUUGGGGCUGUUACUAACCGGUGUUUGUCUGCUCAUGGCUUACCUCACACUGUCUCCUCACUUUACUCUUGACUAUUGCAUCCCUCUAAGCAUAUCUUGAGCGCGGACACUAGUUUCCACACUUUUGUUAUCUAUAUUGAAUGCUGAAACAGCAUUAAAGUUUGCAAAGAAAGACAGGAUAGUAUAGUGAAUUGCAAUCAGCAAUUCUAAUGGGCUGUUACACUUUUAAAACUCUUUUUAUUUUUCUAUUUGAACAACUGUAUCUCCAUGGAUCACUGCCUUGACUCUAGCAUCUAUGCUGUUCGAUAGACGAGGUAUAUGUGGAGAUUUUGACAAAUAUACAUGUGCCCAUCUGUUUCCAUGUGAGGAGAGAUAUACAAGUCUCAAUAGUGAGGUUAUUCCUUAUCCUUCCGGAAUGCUGGUGCAUAAGCAUUCUGUUAUCGUAUUAGGCCAUGCAUGGUUUGAAGAAAAAGUUACCACUUUGGGGUCUCCACAUGUCAGUUUUUACAGUAACUUCUGAGCUUAUAAUUGAUGUAUUUGGAGCUCCGCAAGGAUCUCUACUUCCAAAUAUCAUAUAUCUUUGGAAUUUCUAAUUGACUAGUGCAUAGUGGUUUCACCCUUACAAAUGCACAUCAUCGUCUACUUUUCACAGAUGGGAAUUACUUUCAUUGAGUAAUCCUAUGACCUUUUUUUUGAAGUGGUGAUGUCCUUUGUACUGAGAAAGUUGUCAUGUGGCUUUCUAUUUUUGAACAAGAGAACCCAUAUCUUUUGCUUUGGGUUUAGUAAUCUCUUCAGGUUCAGAUGAUAUUCAGUAACAUUAUAUCUGAUGAUUCCUACAUGAAGAUCUUAGUUGUACGUUACACUGUUUCAAGAGUUGUUCUGGGAAGAUUUUGAUUUUGAGGAGUCCAGUAAAGGGGAGGCCAAAUCAUGAAGAUUGUUUCCUGGUUCAUGAUGGCUUGACUAUCUAUUUGUGCAUGCAUUACAGGAAAGCCUUACAGUCAUCUUGCUGCUGAAACUUCAAAAAAGAACAUCAAGAGUUUUGCAGGGAUAACACCAGUGGCUCUUGCAAGAAAUGGAUCCUGGUCGAUAUGGGCUCCAUCAUGGAUGGGAAAAUAACAGCGCUUUGGAGGGUUAUAGAGGAGUUCAUGAGCCAGAUUUCCGGGCUGGUGGUUCUUAUGAUGACGGGAGGUUUCUAGAUGAUAGAUUUUCGAGGGAUGGUGUUUACUCACGGGGUGCCUAUCACCGUGAUAUACUGGAAGGAGAGCACUACCCUCAUCCGCCACCAGCAGUUGGACAUUGGCCUCAAACAAGGAGAAGAAGUUAUGAAGAAGAGUAUCCUGUGGAGAGAGAUUCCAGGAGGCAUGAGAAGCUUUUUGACAACUACCCUGAUGCUGGAUUUGACAGGCCUGCUAGGUAUGGGGGACGCGAGCGUGAUGACUACCCCUAUGAUGAUUAUGACUACAAACAUCGUAUGGCGCACCCGAACAGGGAGGAUAACCGUGAAAGGGACCAUGAGUACAGUAGAUAUAGUUAUGACUCAGACUAUGAAAGAGGCAGUGGGAAAGAUGGUAAUUGGAGACGACGUGAAUCCCGUGAGCGUGAACGUGACAAAGAAUCGAGUCGUGAGAGGGAUCCGAGUCCAUAUAGAAGACAUGAGCAUUCCCGCUCACGUUCUCGUGGUCGUGAUGAUCGCAUGAGGUCAAGAUCUCCUCGAAGUCGAAGUCAUAGUCGCAGUCAUAGAGAGGACAGUUAUGAUGAUGGCCGAUACGAUAGAAGUGAGAGACGAAGAGAUCGUGAUGAUAAAAGAUACCAUGACAAUUAUUCUGUGGCCCCUUCAGCGACUGUUGUUGUCAAAGGCCUUUCACAGAAAACGACCGAAGAAGAUUUGUAUCAGAUCCUUGCUGAGUGGGGGCCCCUACGCCAUGUUCGUGUGAUCAAAGAACGAAAUUCUGGCGUUUCUCGCGGAUUUGCCUUUAUUGAUUUCCCUUCUGUGGGUGCGGCGCAAGCAAUGAUGGAUAAACUUGGGGAUGAGGGUCUAGUUGUGGAUGGUAGGAAGCUUUUCUUCGAGUACAGUAGCAAGCCAACUGGAGGACCCGGUGGGCCUGGUAGUCUAGACAGUGCUUCAAGAUCUAACCAUGGUAACCACCGGAGUAUCACUGUUCCAUCUGAUUGGAUGUGCACCAUCUGUGGAUGUGUGAAUUUUGCACGGCGGACAUCUUGUUUUCAGUGUAAUGAGCCACGGACAGAUGAUGCUCCUCCAGCAGACAUGGCAUCAUCCAACUCUAGCUCUCUGGGGAGGAGAGGCGAAGCAGGUCCCACACAUGUCUUAGUUGUCCGUGGAUUAGAUGAAAAUGCAGAUGAGGAGAUGCUUCGUUAUGAAUUUUCCAAACACGCUCCUAUUAAGGAUCUUCGUCUUGUCAGAGACAAGUUCACUCACGUCUCGAGGGGAUUUGCAUUUGUGCACUUCUAUUCUGUGGAGGAAGCUACUAAAGCUCUUGAAGCAACAAACGGUACAACAUUGGAGAAGAAUGGGCAGAUUCUUAGAGUUGCAUAUGCAAAAAGUAUCCUUGGACCAGGAUCAAAUGCUUCUCAGACUAGUAGCCUUGCAGCUGCUGCUAUUGAAGCAGCAACUUUUGCUCAACAGGUUCUCCUACUCUUUACCUUGGUUAUAGCUCUGUUCAUUUUUUUUGUUACGCUGGGGAAAUUUGCUGCCUACAGAUACCUUUGUUAGAGAGAGAUGAUCUUGAACAAGUAAUUUUAGUCUGAAUGGGUGAAUUCCUUCCAUUCAUAUCUGCUUAGUAGCUUUUCUAAAUUGCUGCAAGUUGAUUAAAUACAUCUCAUGCAGUUGGUCAGAGUGUAUCAAUCGAAUAACUUAAGAUAUGUCAUCCAUUUCUCAAAUAUUGAAACAUUAUUCAUCCUUUUCUCAAAUGUAUUGAAGACUUCCGAUGUUGUAUUUCCUUUUUGGUACUUUCUGCAGAUUAGUAGAAUCACUGCGCUUUUACUAAUCAUUUUUAUUAAUUUCUCUUAAUUAAGCUGACUCUG